AUGUCAAAACAGACACUACGUAUCUUAACGCCAAUCAAAAGGGUCCUAGACCCACAAUUAAAACCACGUAUAAAUGAAGUAACCAAAUCAUUAGAUUUAAAAAAUUUGAAAUUCAGUAUAAACCCAUUCGACGAUAUUGCUAUUGAAGAAUCCUUAACUAUCAGGAAAAAUCUCUCAAAGGCAAUCCCCGUUUCGACCCAUGCUGUCACUAUUGGAUCCCCUAAAUCUGAGAGUAUCUUACGUACUUGUCUAGCUAAAGGCGUUGAAAAGGCAACUUUGAUUAAACAUGAUGCAAAAGACGAUGAGGCUUCAUCAUCGUUUGAACCACUGAUUAUUGCCAAGAUUCUGAAAGAAAUGGUUAAGAAGGAAGAUAUCGGAUUGGUUAUCAUGGGGAAGCAAGCCAUUGAUGAUGAUUUCAAUAAUACGGGACAAAUGUUAGCUGGAUUAUUGAAUUGGCCACAAAUUACUAACGUAACCAAAUUAGAAUUCCUUGACGCAACUGGUGAUCAAUUGAAAGUUAGAGCUGUGAGGGAAAUUGACGGCGGGAAUGAAACUCUUGUAAUGAAAUUGCCUGGUCUAAUUACUGUCGAUUUAGGUUUGAAUACUCCCAGAUAUGUGAAAUUACAAAAUAUGAUGAAGGCGAAGAAGAAACCUAUUGAAAUAUUGGAUUUAAAGGAGACUUUCCCACAAGUAGAUUUGACUUCGAAAUUGGAAUUGAAAGCCGUAGAAGAACCGGCCGUUAAGAAACAAGGUAUCAUAUUAAAUUCAGUAGAUGAGUUGAUUACAAAAUUAAAAGAGGAGAAAGUGAUUUAA